AUGCUGAGAUCAAUUGCAAGGCAACUACAUACAAUAAGUGUAGAUAAUGGCAAGCCUCCUCUGUUGGUUCUAGCGUCUAUUGGUAAUCCCGAAUCGUCAUUUAGAGGCACUCGACACUCCAUAGGACACCAUAUUCUCAAUAGAUUGAAACAAAUCUAUCAGGCAGAUGAGCAGUUGACGAUCGACAAAAACAAGUUCUACUACAAUAGACGGGAAGAGCCACAAGUGCUCUUUUACCAGAGCAACUCCCUCAUGAAUUUAUCAGGGAAGCCCAUAUCAAAAGCUUUCAAAUCUGUGCAUAAGUGGACGGAUGAGUACAACCCAGUAUUAGUCAUACUGCAUGAUGAACUGGAUUGUCCGGUUGGAAAAUUCAAAACUAGAAGGCAAAUGUCUUCUCAUAGGGGUCAUAACGGUCUAAGAUCCAUAAACCAACACAUGGGAGGCGGGUUUACGACUAUAUCAAUUGGAAUAGAUAGGCCUGAAAGCAAGAGCUCAAAUGCGGUCGCAAGUUAUGUCCUUGCUAAAGUUCCUCCACAUGACUUGGAACGCAUAGAUAGAACAAUUCCUUCAAUUCAGAAGACAGUAGAAGACAUGAAGUUGGGAAAAUUGAUCUUCGAUACGAAUCCCAAUUAUAAAGGGUAG